AUGAGCGAGGUGAACAACUCAGCGGGCUCCUCGUCGGCAACGGGCUCGACCUCGCAAUCCGCAGCUGCCCAACUUCCCGACCCGUCACUGCCAGCGCCCAACCUGGGCGAGGAUGAAGUGGGCUUCACCGCAGCCGACUUGAUUGCUCAGCAGUCUCGACUGGAAGCGCAAGCGAACGAGGCGAUCCCGUUCCAAUUCGACACGUGCACAUAUGACAAAGGAUACAUUCGACAGCCGGUCUACGCCUGUAAGACCUGCGGCGGGGGCGGCGUCUGCGCAGGCUGCAGUGUCUCUUGCCAUGCCGAGCACGAGCUCGUCGAGCUAUUCAACAAGCGCAAAUUCCGAUGCGACUGCGGUACGCCGAAUUUGUAUCGUCAGCACGAGCCCAAUCGUGCCAACCAGCGCAAACGAAUCACGGAAGAGCUCGUCUACCCCGAAGGCGCCAAGCCGUGCAGCUUGCGGAAGCCAGGCUUCAACCCGCAGAACGACGCCAACGCCUACAACCACAACUUUGACGGUGGCUUCUGCUACUGCGAGAGAGGCAAGACAUAUGAUCCGGAGAAAGAGGACGAGACCAUGUUCCAGUGCAUCGUGUGCGAGGAGUGGCUUCACGAGAGCUGCACCUCGUUGCGUCCAAGCUCGUCCACGGCAACACCAGAGACGGAACCGCCUCUGAUCGAUCAUGACCUGUUCGAUCUCAUGAUCUGCGACGCCUGCGUUCGGAAGCCAGACAACGACAUUCUUCGACGCUACGCCGGUGCCAAGGGAUGGAUGACCCUUGCGCCAAGUCAGGCGGUGGCAGAGGUGAAGGAGCACGACUUGAUUGCCAAGAUCCAGGUGCCGACCGAAGACGAGCUGCGCGAGGCAGGUGGACCAUAUCGCGACGGACGCAGCUGGCAGAUUUUCGGGCUGGCCAUGGAGCCGGAGAGAGCCAUCACAGAGACGGAGGUCAGUGCCGCCGCUGAUGGCGCCUUGUUAUCUUCGGUGGCUGAUCUGGCUCGCUCGACAGUGGUAGCAGCUUCGAGUCAGACGGAAGGCGCUUCGACAGUCAAGGAUGAACCGCAAGCUGAAGCCGACAGUGCAGCGCCUGAGCUUGAGGAACGAAGAGAAGGCAAGCGACGCGCUGAGGACCAAUCCGUCGGAGAAGCCGCGGAAGGAAGCGACAGCAAGCGAGUCAAGGUCGAGCGUGAAGGACCGACGGCAGGGCAGGCAUCCGAGGCCGCCGGUACAUCUGCGCCGAGUCUCCUCAAGCAGGAAGACAAGGAGACAAAGUGCACGUUGCCCACGCCGCUGGCUGUUGUCUCUUCGCUACCGUACUCCAAGGUAGACGAGUGGACACCAGCCUUGAGCGAAGCAGCGACACCACAUCGAUACGACAUCUUCCUGAGCGAAGACUUCCGCGAUCGCAUCUGCCGCUGUGCAGACUGUCUCCCGAAAUGGGCUCACCUCCCGCACGUUCUGGACGCCGAAGAGACGUAUGCGCCACCGUCCGACCCGCAUGCAUCUGUGCGCGAUGACGACGCGGCCUCGAUCACGUCGUCGACGUACGACCUGGGCAUGGCAGCGCUGCGAACCAUGCCACGAGAAAAGAUGAUCAACACGAUGCACGCGUACAGCAAGUUUCGCGAUGCGCUGUGGGAGCACCUCAAGCCGUUUGCAGGAACAGGCAAGAUGGUGCGGGAGGAAGACGUUCGUGCGUUCUUCCAGAAGAAGCUCAAUGCAGAGCAGUGA